GAUGGCGGUCUCUGAUGGCUUGUUUAGUAUAAAGUAUAUAAGUCUAGUGAUAUUGACUGUGCAGAAUGCAUCAAUAACACUAAUGCUAAGGUAUAGUCGCAUUGUAUCCCAGGAACUGUACAUAGCCAGCACUGCUGUAGCAUUUUCAGAGGUGAUUAAGGUUCUAGUGUCUUUAGCUGUAUUAUUAUGGGAGAAAAAAGAUAUAAAAGAAGGGUUCAAAUAUGUUUAUUCAUCCACCAUCUGUAAUCCARUGGAUACACUCAAAAUGGCUGUCCCAGCAUUGAUUUACACUGUACAGAAUAAUUUACUCUAUCUGGCAAUUUCUAAUUUGGAAGCUGCAACYUAUCAGGUUACCUACCAAUUAAAGAUACUCACUACAGCAUUUCUCUCUGUCCUGCUUCUGAAGAAACCUCUCAGAAAAUUACAGUGGUUUUCUCUAUUUUUAUUGUUUGUUGGUGUCUCAAUUGUACAGCUGCAACCAACAAAUACAGAAACUAAAAAUGAAACAAAAACUGCACCAAAACAAAAUGCAUUUGUGGGAGGGAUUGCCAUUGCUGCAUCAGCUAUGUGCUCGGGUUUUGCAGGAGUGUAUUUUGAGAUGACACUCAAAGGCACUGAAACACCUCUCUGGGUUCGCAACUUACAUCUGGCUUGCUUUGGGUCAAUAUUAGGAAUGAUUGGAGUUUUGUACAAUGAUGGAGAAGAAGUUGCWGAAAAGGGAUUUUUCUAUGGUUAUACACCAGUUGUUCAAUUUUGUGUAUUUUUACAAGUGUUUGGUGGGUUAUUAGUGGGUAUAGUUGUAAAAUAUGCUGAUAAUAUCCUUAAAGGUUUCACAGCUGCAGUGGCCAUUGUCUUGUCUUGCAUUGCAUCAGUUCACUUCUUUAAUUUCAAAAUAACUGGACAGUUUCUAGUUGGAGCAGGACUUGUUAUUGCUGCUAUUUGUCUGUAUAGUAUUGGWCAAACCAAGAAAACUCCUAAAACUAACCAUAUUAUUUCAAAUGGUGGUUCAAAAAAUAAUUAAGUCUCACUCCAGCACUGAUUUAUAAGAUUAUUAGUCUACUUAUUUAUAAACUCAGCAAAUAGCCCAUGCUAUGUCCUGCUUUGUUUUCAACACAAAAUUCUAGGAAUUUUAAAGUACAWUUUAAACAAAAAAUUUAUUUUUAAUUAGAUAUUUCCAUUCAAGCCAUAUAGAGUUAGUACAAACAUGUGUUCAACACUUUCCACUAUUUACUACAAAAUAGUGUUAAUUAAACAAUAGGAAACAAUAGAAUUAGAAUAAUUUAGCAGUAUUUAGUGGUAUUUAUGUUGCACAGUUUUAGUGUUUGUAGUCUAUAWUAUGUACUUGAAAUGUAAAAUAAAAUCAGUAGUAUGUACUUAUUAGUCACUAUUUUACUGACUUAUUGUAAAAAAAUGUACUUAUCACUGAACCAUAAUGUAACCAGAAACAAAAGAAAAUACUCAAAAGAAUAGACAACUAAACUUUA